CACUCAAGGGAUAUCUCCUGGUCUUUUUCUUCUUUCGUUCUUGCCUUCAACUCACUCAAUCGUAUAAUCAAUUAAUAUCACAACUACGACUCUUAUUCACCGCGGAUCCCAGCUUAAAGUGUCCGUCUAUUCGUGAUCGUUCGGAUAUAGCGGAGCGCUUCUGUGAAAGAGCUCCCGCGCCCAGCACAAACGCCUAGCCUUGCCGCGACACUGCACCUUAUAACUUCUCUCUGCAUUUGAGAGAUCUGCUGAGAGCGCCACUCCGUACACCCCUUCUACAUCACUUCUAUCAAACAAAGUGACAUCAUGUCCAACAAAUACGACGUCCCCGCCGGCGCGCCGCCUGCAUACCCUCAAUCACCACCUCCCGCCCACCAUGAUGCAGGCCCUUAUCAACCUCCAGCACCCUACUAUGGCAACUCCCCUGCACCUCCCAACGACUACUACGGCGCAUCACCGAACCCCUACGCGCAAGGCCCGGGACCCUACGGCCCGCCACAAGGCCAGUAUGGGCCACCGCAGGGACAGUACGGACAGCCAGGCUACGGACCACCACAGCAGGGCAUGUACUACCAGCAGGGACCGCCGCCGCCGGGAGGCUACUAUGACAACCAGAGGAGAGGCGGAGCAUCCGAUGGGAUUUGCGCGGGUUUGUUGGCAGCGUUAGCAUGCUGCUGCUGCUUGGACUGCUUGUUCUAAGCCUAAAAGCUAUGGUAGACAAAGCGUCGUCGGCGGCGGGAGCUUGAGGAAGCUUUGCCCGGACAAAGUUGCAUCAACCUUCGCCUGCUGGACGGGUUUGGGCGAUCGACGGAUGCAAGGGAGUUAUGGUUAUGUUCACUGAUACCUGCAUGUACUUUUCCUUUGUACACUGUUUUCUCGGCGAUUUGUUCACCAGGAGAGGGUUCUGGUGGUAGGGAUUGAGACACUCAGUUGCUUCAUAGAUGGAUCACAGCU